AUGGUCAAGCAGGCAGACCUACAACCCCAACAACUCGACACCGCAGCUACGCAACAUAAAAGACAAAGGUCCGUGGGAACUGGUUCCCCGAUCGCCACGAUAUCAUCAAAAUUUGAGCCUUCACAGCAGCAGCAGCAAUCAACAACCAAGAGACCAGGCUACAUACCUCGAGCUUCUAGCACGUCGUCAAAGCGCCUGUCUGCCUCAGCUGCAUCAAUCCCUGCUGAAGCCCCUGCCAACCCGAGCCGAGCCCAAACUUCAACUCCACCGCCUCCGCCAUCCGAGGACAAUUCUGUUGCGCCAGGAGCUCUCAGAAGAUCUCUCUCAUUCAAGCUUCCGAUCCGAGUGUCCACAGACAAUAAUAACUUCCCCCCCUCCAACGCCAAUCGCUCUCGAGCCUCAUCACUUCCUCAAGAGUCCGAACCUCCUGUUGAUAAGCGCCGCCAUUCCACUCAGAGAUCCCUAGCUUCUCUGACCUCUAUUAUUGAGAACAACACUGUUCCGAAAGACCUCGCAGUCCCUCAAGCAACCAGUCCGAAACCAUCUCCAAAGUCGCCAUCAAAGCAGUUUUUGCUCGAGCGAGGUCUUCUCAACCCUGACGAGCUCGACGUGUCUAAUUCACCUGAAGAACUACAAGUCUCCCUACAAGACCAAGUUGUCAAAUUCUUAACCACAAUGUCUUCUCCCACCAGCCAAAAGUCUGACACCGCCGAGCAGCAGCGUGCUCCUGCUUACCCUACUUCAUACCCUCCCAACAACGGACAACUCAGACCCAACAUGUCUCAACCUGGCUUGCCCGUUCCCAUGCCAAACCUCUCCGGCAACGCGAACGGUCCAAUUGGCAACCUCUUGAAGGGCCCUGUUGACGACAAGGGCCAACUGACGAAAGCUGCUCUCAUGGUCGGCAUCAAGUUGGACUUGGAGGCAGAGGUUCAUAUAACUGCUCGCGUCCGCGGUGAUAUUCUUGUUGGUCUGUAUUAG